GGUGCGCAGAUCGGUUGCGCACGGUUAACGGGUUAAGCAGCCCGAGUCCCCCCCGAAGGUGGUGCCUGCGCUUCGCCGGCGGCUGUGCGUGGAGGAGGGGGAGGUGUCUGCGGGGCAGGUGGGUGGGGUUUUCUCGCGUGUGCUGGGGGAGUCAGCUGAGCCUGCAGCCCGUGAAAAACUGCCCGUUUUGGACGGGGGAUGUUGUGCGCUGGGGAGACCGAGAGAGGAGAGCUCCGCUGAGCAGCGACUUUGCGUUGGUGAGCUCUGCGGCUGAAGUUGCGUUAAAAGUCGACCCUUCCCUGGCUCGCAGCCGUUAUUUUCUUUGGGAGGGCUCUGGCUUGAAGCUUCUUGUUACCUCUCUCAGAAGUGGAUGUGAUAACCAGACAACAGGAUCAACAGGAAGAUAACAUGGCUUUGGCUGGCUGCCCGGACUAUUUCCUGCACCAUCCAAAUUAUCAGGAUAAUGUAGAUCGGGCUGCUACUCACAGGCCAGCAGAACUGAUUGGACCAAGUUUCCAGCAAUCGCCUAAUCGGAACUCUCCUAACAAUCAAGAUGAUGACGUUGACCUGGAAGCUUUGGUAAAUGAUAUGAACUCUUCUUUCGAGAGCCUCUAUUCUACAUGCAGUGUGCAGUCCGAGUCAGCCCCUCUGCUUCAAAAUGGCCAGUUCCACCGUGCACCCCUCCAGACCUCAGGAAUAAAUCCCCCUGCACAGCCCACAUCCCCACAGCAGAAAGUGAGGAGGUCUCAGCCAAUGCAUAUUCAUGCUGUAAGGAGACUUCAAGAAGAGGAGCAGCAGCUUCGGACAUCAUCUCUGCCAGCCAUCCCAAAUCCCUUUCCUGAACUGUGCAGCCCAGCCAGCUCUCCUGUCCUCAGUCCUGGCUCCUUACCUCAGUGUCAGCCUUCUGGCCAAUAUAUCGUUAAAAUUUUUAGUGAGGAUGGGACAGGCAAAGUAGUGGAGAUACCAGCAGACAUGACGGCUAGAGACCUCUGCCAGCUGUUGGUGUACAAGAGCCAUUGUUUGGAUGACAACAGUUGGUCCCUUGUCGAGCACCACCCUCAUCUCGGACUAGAGAGGUGCUUGGAGGACCAUGAACUUGUGGCUCAAGUUCAAACAUCAAUGACAAGUGAGAGUAAAUUUCUCUUCAGGAAGAACUAUGCCAAAUAUGAAUUUUUUAAAAAUCCUCUGAAUUUCUUCCCAGAGCAGAUGGUCGCGUGGUGCCAGGAAACCAAUGGUACCAUUCCUCAGUCACAGCUCUUGCAGAACUUUUUAAGUCCUAGCAGCUGUCCCGAGAUUCAGGGGUUUUUGUAUGUGAAGGAGAUGGGAAGGAAGUCUUGGAAGAAGCUGUAUGUGUUUUUGAGACGAUCGGGCCUUUACUGCUCAACAAAAGGAACAUCCAAGGAGCCAAGGCAUUUACAGUUCCUAGCAGACCUUGAGGACAGCAAUAUAUUCUCAGUUAUAGCAGGCAAGAAGCUGUAUAAUGCACCAACAGACUAUGAAUUCUGUAUAAAGCCCAAUAAGGUGAGAAAUGAAUCGAAGGAGCUAAGAAUGUUGUGUGCUGAAGAUGAGCACAGCAGGAGCUGCUGGCUGACUGCCUUCCGACUCUUUAAGUAUGGAAUUUUGCUUUAUCAGAACUAUAAGAUACCCCAACAGAGGAAAACUUUACUUUCACACUUUUCAACACCAGUGAGGAGCGUCUCGGAAAACUCUCUGGUAGCCAUGGAUUUCUCAGGAAGAAUAGGAAGGGUGAUAGACAACCCCGUUGAAGCCCAGAGUGCGGCUAUGGAGGAGGGCCACGCCUGGAGGAAACGAAGCCAGCGAAUGAACAUCCUGGGGAGUCCUAGUCCUCUCCAUUCUUCUUCCCUCAGCACAGUCAUUCACAAAACACAGCUGUGGUUUCAUGGGCGAAUCACCCGGGAAGAGUCCCAUAAAAUGAUAAUUCAACAAGGGCAAGUUGAUGGGUUAUUCCUUCUGAGAGAUAGUCAGAGCAAUCCAAAGGCAUUUGUUCUCACAUUGUGCCAUCAUCAGAAAAUAAAGCAUUUCCAGAUCUUGCCUUGUGAAGAAGAUGGACAGACGUUCUUUACCCUUGAUGACGGAAAUACCAAAUUCACUGACUUAAUCCAGCUCGUGGAAUUUUACCAGCUGAACAGAGGAGUCCUGCCCUGCAAGCUGAAGCACCCCUGCACAAUAGUGGCCUUAUGACCUUGAACUCAAUUUUGCCUAAAAACUGGAUUUUUUGUGUAAUAUGUCGCUGAUGGCUUUGGCUCAGCAGCUAAUCUGAGCUCUUCGGCAUUCUGUGAUUGAAAAGCCGAGACGGAUGUGAUUAAGAAAAAGACGGUUUUAAGAACAAUUCUUCAUUAUUUGCCAACAAUCCCUGAUUUACUGGCAAACAGCACAGUUGAAUGAUCGCAAUUUGAAAGUAUAUCUAAAGACACGAGAGCCUGAGUGUCUUUCACAUGCUUUUUUUAAGGCUACAUUUUUGUGUACAAUCAACUGGAAACGAUUAUCAGGCUUGGCCACUUUAAAAAAAAAAAUGAAGGUAAUUGGUUUGGAGAGAACUCUUUUCCCUGGAAUAUUCUUGACAACCUAGAUAAAGCUGAUUGUUUACUAAGUGACUUUUUUUAGUAUUUUAUUUUAUUUUUGCACUCCUGAACUGAAAACAACCUUUACCAUGAACUGACAUGGCAUUGCAAAUGCAACAUUAUUAUUUUCUCUAAACCGAAAUCUUCCGUGAGAAAUCCUUCUGAGAUAAUUGGAUUAUAAAAGAGCUGACCAUGGAAAAAGUCACAGCUGAGACUAAUCUCUGGGACAUUUUUUUCCAAACACCUAUUACCAUGUAGCCAUCUUAAGAAUUGUUCCCUAAAGCAACUGGAGUCACAAGACGGAGCUCGAGAAAAACAAGGAAUCUAUAAAUGCCAUAUAAAACAGUUUGCAGGAUUUUCUUUUCUCAUGCAACUCAAGGAGUACAACAUUUAUGCAUUUGGGAGGAUUGCUUGGCAUCAGUUUGUAGGCUGUUUUGCAGGUCAUUUCAUAACCUUUUGUGUUUUUCGUAUGGAAUAUUUAUCACCGCAGUUUGCUUGACAUUUUAUAUCCUAUAUGCUGUUUCCUUUGAGCAAAGUAAGGAUCAUCGAUCAAUUUCAGCAUCAUUCCUUGAUUUUCCCAACGCAAAUGCAGGACAGUGGUCAGCACGUUCUAAAACCUGCUGACACUGCGGUACAAGACAGGACAUUUUGUAGUUUUUUUCACAUGACAUAGAAAAUGUAUUUUAGGAUGGAGAAGUUUUCAAUAGAUAUGCAUUUUGACUUAUCUGUUUUGCAGCUUAAUUUUAUAACCACUGAUUAAUGGCAGCUUCUUUAACAAAGCUGCAUUAAUUGGAUUUGCAAACUGUCAUUGUAUUGCAGUCAUCUGCCUGUCAGUAUGGUGUAACUGGAAAUCUUAGUCUUUCUGCUGCAAAAUUCAGUCUUGACUUGAUUGAAUUGUGAGUGUAUUAUUCCCUUACUAUAUUUUGAAUUAAGAGUGCACUGUGAAGCCCCAGUUUGUUUUUUCAGCCUUACCUAUUGAACGAGUAGGAAUCUUCAAAGCUUUAUAUUAUCCUUUUUACAUAAAGGAAAACAUUUAGACUUUUUAUAGGUCUAAGCAUGAUAUACAAUAGAAGACUUGGGAAAUAGCCACACAAAACAACUCCAAAUAUUUCAUUUAAGCUCAAUACACAUUAUAUUUAUUUUUUAAGAAUUAAAAAGACUUGAAUUUGCUCUUUCAGUAUCAGGGCUGUCGAUACCACCAUAGCAUCACUGGUUUUCCAAAAAUAUGUUGAAGCUUGUGUUUAAAGUUGACUUGAAUGUUUGGAAAUUAGGAAGCAUUUUUCUGUUUGAAAUGACAUGCUGAUUAAUGUUGUAGUUAAGUAACAGUUAUGCAGGUUUAAGUAUUUUCUGUGUGUAAGGAAACCAUGGAAAUUGUCCAUUUUUGUUAUCCACAUCCCUUGAACAGCUAUUAUAUAUUCUACAGCUCUUAAACACUUUCAAAAGGUUACAAUACAGGUUUUUCAAAAGUUAUUUUCUUCUCUUCGUCAAUCUCAUUUAGUAAACAUCCAAUAUAGAAAAUAGUAUAACCGUUUUUUCUUGUGUUAUCCUGCUGUUUUUCGGUUUUCUAGAAGUAGGAAAUAAACUCCUCCCAGAAUACUCGCUUGAACAGCGUGGUGCCACUCUGACGUUUCUUCGACUUAUUUUUCAUCUGCCUGAAUUAGUUGCAGCAAGACUUUCCAAAGGUGGCUUCUAUUGGACUGCUCACAGUCAGGUGUAGCAUAGGACUUAUUCAUAGAUCUUCCUGAAGAUGCAAAAUUGAUUAGACUGUUACGCAACACUAAGAACAAUAACCUUUCACAUUUGGGGUAUUCGUGUUCUAAGUGGGGGAAAAAACCCAAGCGCAUAACUUUGAUUUGAUUUAGAGAGUGCAGAUGUGAGAGCAAGAAUUUGAAAACUGUUUUAAGCAAAUCUCUGCAAAACACUGUCAAGUGUCGUCGGCAUGAAACAGGUGUUACAUCUUGAGCAUGUUUUGUUGUUUUUCAUUUUAGUUGUUAGUCUUCCCGCUGUUUGCUGUUAGAGGGCACGAUUCCCUCCUCACCCCUGCGAUCUGACAUCCUUCAAGGAGAAGCAGUGAUGUUUUUCUGCUUGGGUUGCUUCCAUGGCUUAAUUAUAUUUGAGGAAAAAUUCAUUAGAAUCAUGUACUAUAUAUAUGUAUCUAAUAAGUAUAUGGAACUACAGAACACAUGUAGAUGCAACACUGUAUUUUAGGUUACAGAUCACUAUUUACUGCAUUUGUUUUUUAUCAUAACUGCAUAUAAAAUGAAGAAACUUGAUUUUAGUGUGUUUUUUAUUUGACAAGUGUAUAUAUUGUUUAUCAUAUUUGUUUUUCAUUGUUGUCACAUAAAAUGACCCUUUAAGAUUAUAUGUUUUAUGUUUAAAUUAAGCUAAUUUUAAGAUCUUAAACUUGACUCUUGGCAUGCAUCUUUACAAGUUAAGAACAUUUUAAGCUAAGUAAAAUGCAAUUCAUAAACUCACUGGUUAAAAGUUAUUUUUGUUUGGCUUAACUAUAGUGAAAUACUAACUAUCUUCUGUCUAACAUAAUAGUAGGGAAUGACAUGUUCUCACUUAAUGUUGUCUUUCUAUAGUUAACAGUGCAUCAUCACCUAAUUCUGAGCUGGUAACACAUUGAAAAAUAAGUGACUGAAGGAAAUGUACUUUUUCUAUUUAAGUGACAUGAAUGUAUCUGGGUUGCUCAGGGUUGAAUUGGAGCCUGUUGAUAACUGGUCUUUCAGACCAGUGAGAUUUUAUUUUUUACCAAUAAUUAAUGUAGUAAUGUUGAAUGAGUUGAGGAGGAGACACCAAACAGUUUUUGGUUAAUAGUUUGCUUUAAGGUUGUAUUAUAUUAGUUGUCAAAUGCAACAGUACUUUUUUCAUUUUCUUUUUAAAUAAGCAGCAGGUGCCUCAGUUUAGAAAUCCUUUCUCUCUGCACUAACACAUACCUGAGCAAUUGACCAAUCAUUGAGCCUUUUUCAGUGAUGACUCUUGUGCUUUGCAUAUAUUGUCACAAUGCAAGAUUUAGUAACUGUAAAAAGGAGUAAAGUAAAAUAUUUCAGGGAAUGCAAAAAAGAUUUAAGUUUUUAUCUUUUUUUAAGAGAAUCCUGUAUUCAUAAUGUGCUUUGCUUCAUUCUGUAAAUAGUUGAAUGGCUUAUGAAUCUUAAUUGUAACCUUUUCAGGUAUUUUUGUACAAAUAAGGGACUGAUAUAUUCUGUUUAUUGUAAUUAGAAUAAAACAUUAAUACAUUGAUAUACAUUUAAA